GGCUCUCCGAUUCUGAGCCUCCAGUAUUACGCGUUAAUCUCAGGCUUCAGCUUCCCCCCUCUCUUGCUCUCUCUCUCAUCAGAUCCCUCUUCCAAAAAGUUUUCUCAGGGGUCAUCAGCAAGGAGAAAUGGGGCUCACCUUCACCAAGCUCUUCAGCCGGCUUUUUGCCAAGAAGGAGAUGCGUAUUCUAAUGGUUGGUCUUGAUGCAGCUGGUAAGACCACUAUUUUGUACAAGCUCAAGCUUGGAGAGAUCGUGACUACCAUCCCUACAAUUGGUUUUAAUGUGGAGACUGUUGAGUACAAGAACAUCAGCUUCACAGUUUGGGAUGUCGGGGGCCAGGACAAGAUCCGCCCAUUGUGGAGGCACUAUUUCCAGAACACUCAGGGACUUAUCUUUGUCGUUGAUAGCAAUGACAGAGACCGUAUUGUGGAGGCAAGGGACGAGUUGCAUAGGAUGUUGAAUGAGGAUGAACUUCGUGAUGCUGUGCUACUUGUAUUUGCUAACAAACAAGAUCUUCCGAAUGCAAUGAAUGCUGCUGAGAUAACCGAUAAGCUUGGUCUCCACUCUCUCAGGCAGCGCCAUUGGUACAUCCAGAGCACCUGUGCAACCUCUGGAGAGGGUCUUUAUGAAGGGCUUGAUUGGCUUUCCAACAACAUUGCUAACAAGGCAUAAAGCAAUUCAGAGCUCAUGUGUGUUGAUAUCCUGGAUGCAGGCAGGUUUUUAUCUAGUCUCUUUCUUUUCCCCUAAAAGUUGGUGUGGCUAUGAACACCGUUUUAAAAGGCACUUUGCCUGUUAGGGACUUCUGAAAUGGCUUUGUAAUACACUGGUUGGAUAUAUAUAAACAAUGGCUAGCUUCUUAUUAACAUUGUUGGAUUAAUGGUUAAAGACUUGAAUUAGACCCCUCGCCCUGUUCUUGUUGUCAUUGGUUAUCAAUGUUGUGCUAUUCUCAAGUGUUUUGGGAUUUUUAAGUCUUUUGUUAGACAAUGUGAUUUAAUUAUCAUUGUUAAUUUAAGGGCAAA